CCAUAAUUUAAACAGUCGUUGUUCAUUAACUGAAGAAGAAAUUAGAGCCUCAUCUUGCCCGCUCGCGAAGCACCAAUGGCAACCGCAACAAUGACCUUUCCCUUGUUCUCUGCAAAUCCUAUUUUCUCUUGCAAAUCCAAACAGUCCCAUUUCUAUUCUCUCUCUCUUCUCCCGAAUCGCACUCCUGCUGCUCCUCAAACCCGUUUCGUGACACGAAAAUCUUCAAGUUAUGGUACUGUCGCGGGUAUGAUUGGGGCGGGUUUGGCCCUCUCCUUAGCGGGACCCGCCUCAGCUUCGAGUUUACCGUUGCUGGCUCAGCUCAGUGAACCGGCCAACGCAUUAUCUUUACCUACUUGGGCUAUUCAUGUUUCCAGUGUUGUUGAGUGGAUUGCAGCAAUGGCUUUGGUGUGGCAAUAUGGGGAGAAAUCUGGGCUUGAAUCUUGGAAGGGACUCUCUUGGGGUAUGGUACCUCUGCUUGGUGGAGCAUUUUGUGCAUGCACUUGGCAUUUCUUUUAUAAUUCUGAAUCUCUAGAGGUGUUGGUGGCUCUUCAAGCAGCAUUGACAGUAAUAGGUAAUGCCACAAUGUGCAUUGCUGCAUUCCGAAUAUACAAAUCAACUGAGGAACGUCCCAAGAAUCUUUGAGAGUUUCCAACUCAGUAUGCCACACUGUACCUGAAAAUACCAUAUCGUUGUUUAAUUGCAAGGUAAGGCUCCCCUAGUAGAGCUCUAGCAAAAACUGGAACUGCUGAUAUUACAUGGAGCAACACACAAAUUUACAUGUGUACAUACGUGAAUAUACAUAAAUGUAAUGGAGUGUGUAUGUGUGGUGCACUUAUAGAUAUAUUCAAAACAUUUUACCUGCCUGCUUUCAGGAAAUGGGAUUUACCAUUGCAGGAAGCUUCACAAUUGAGAACAAAAUGUGGGUUCUGAGAGUUAGCUAGACUUGGAUGAAAUUUAAUUGACUUCUUCUUCUUCUUGUUAUUAUUAUUAUAAUUUAAUCUUUACAAUGUAAUUAUGGGAAGGUGUAAUUCUGCCCUGCGCUAACUGUAGAAUAGCUUGGGGGGGGGAGCCUCUCAGUCAAAAUGCCAGUUUAUUUUAGUUGUAUCUAAUGUACUGGAGAUCAAUCAUGACGGUAUGUGGUUUUUUCAAUCAAGUGGGAUUGACUUGAGCCUUUCUA